AUGCCCCUGGUGUUGCUGGGCAUUCGCGCUAGCCUGCGCGAGGAGUUCCAGUGCAGUUCCGCGGAGCUAGUCUAUGGCACCACUCUCCGCUUGCCAUCUGAGUUCUUCCAGCCACCGCCGUCUAUGCCGUCGGUGCCCGUUUACGUUCAGUUCCUCCGGGAUGUAUUGCACAACAUCCGGCCCUCAGACGUCGGCCCUCGCCAGUCCAACCGCCCAGUAUACGUGCCUAAGGAUCUGUCAACGUGCGACUUUGUGUACAUCCGUACCGACAGUGUCCUCAAGCCGCUCCAGCCACCGUACACUGGUCCGUUCCGGGUCCUCAAGCGUGCUGACAAGCAUUUCACGGUCGACGUCAAGGGCAAGUCCGACCAGGUAAGCAUUGACCGCUUGAAGCCCGCAUAUGCUCUGCCUGUUACAGCCGCUGCUGCUUCUGCUCUUUCUCUGAUUGUCCCGCCGGUUGCUGCUGCUGCCCCACCCCCUGCACGUGCUGUUCGCUUUGCUACCUGA